AUGUCUUUCUUAGUCUGUUCAUAUCUAUCUAUCUAUCUAUCUAUCUAUCUAUCUAUCUAUCUAUCUAUCUAUCUCAUUCUAUUCAUAUCUAUUUCCGUCUGUUCAUAUCUACCUAUCUAUGUCAGUCUUUUCAAAACUAUCUGUCUCAAUAACGGUAGCAUAUCUAUCUAUCUAUCUAUCUAUCUAUCUAUCUAUCUAUCUAUCUAUCUAUCUAUCUAUCUAUCUUAUUCUGUUCAUGUCUUUUUCAGUCUGUUCAUAUCUAUCUAUCUAUCUAUCUAUCUAUCUAUGUCACCUGUUCACAUCUAUCAAUUUAUUUAUCUGUGUGCGUUCAUAUCUAUCUAUCUAUCUAUCUAUCUAUCUAUCUAUCUAUCUAUCUAUCUAUCUAUCUAUAUGAGAUCUGAUACAAAACCUCGAUUUCACUUUACUCUUUGUAUUUAUUCUUCUUUCACGUUUUCUCUUUCUUUUUUAUAUUUUCACUAUUUUUCUAUUUCUUUUCAAAUUCUCUCUUCUUUCUUUUUUUUAAUUCCCCCCCCGUCUCUUUCUCUCUUAUUUGCUUUCUCACCGUCUCUUAUUUCUUUCUUUGUCAUACUUGACUAUUCGAGAGAAACUUUUCCAACCAACCCUUUUUACUGA